UUUACAAUAUAAAAAAAAAUAAAUAGUAAUAAUAAUUAUUUAAUCUCAUCAUUCAGUGUUAGUUUUGUUGGUUUCUUUUGGACAAAAGUGUGGUCAAUAUUUGAUUUAUUGCACAGUUAUACCAAACAUGAGACACAGACAUCAUUUGAAGUCUUAAAUAAUUAUUGAAUCUCCUCAGAUUACCCAGCUGGUAUCUGAGGAGUAUAGAUCAACAAUGGCGGCCACCAUCUCAGUAGCUUCUUUGGCAGAAGAUGCAGAAACUCCGUUUCUUCUCCCUCAAGAAGAUACUGUUGAUGGUGCUGUUGAUUACAAUGGCCACCCUGCAAUUCGAUCCAAACAUGGUCGUUGGAGAUCCGCUUCUUUUAUCAUUGGAGUGGAAGUAGCAGAGAGAAUUGCUUAUUAUGGGAUUACAUCAAAUUUGAUUACCUAUUUGACUGGACCAUUGGGUCAAUCAACGGCUACUGCGGCUGCCAAUGCCAAUGCUUGGGGUGGAUUUGGGUCUCUUUUCCCGAUUGUUGGUGCUAUUAUUGCUGAUUCCUUUCUCGGUCGCUACCGAACCAUUGUUGUGUCUUCCUUCAUAUACAUCUUGGGUCUGGGCUUGUUAACACUUGCAGCUGUGCUGCCUUUCGGAUGCAAUAAUACCACAAGCGAUUGUGGUACACAACCUUUCCGAACGGUUUUUAUAUAUCUCUCAUUAUAUCUUGUGGCCAUUGGGCAAUCCGGUCAUAAACCUUGUGUCCAAGCUUUUGGCGCGGACCAGUUUGAUGGACAAGAUCCGGACGAGAGCAAAGCAAAAAGUUCAUUCUUCAAUUGGUGGUACUGGUGCAUGUGUCUUGGGCCAUUGCUAGUGAUUUCCGUUUUAAACUACAUUCAGGAUAAUGUUGGCUGGGGCAUCGGAUUUGGAAUCCCGUGCAUCAUUAUGACAAUUGCUUUAGUGUUAUUUUUGAUUGGGACUCCGACCUAUAGGUAUAUCGUCACAGGUGAAGAACACAGUGCCUUUGUUAGGAUCGGGAGAGUUUUUGCCGCAGCAGCAAGGAAUUGGCACGUAAAACAGUCAACAAUUGAAGUCGAAGAGGAAGCUCAAGGAUUCAUUGCUUUCCAUGGUUCUGAACAAUUUUGGUUUUUGAACAAAGCUUUGAUUGGUCUUCGUAGUUCGGAUGACAACAAUAUAGCUUGUUGCAAGAGUGAGGUUGAGGAGGCAAAGGCAGUUCUUAGACUGUUUCCGGUAUGGGCAGCCAGCCUUGUAUAUGCAAUCGUCUUUUCACAGUCCUCGACUUUUUUCAUCAAACAAGGUCUAACCAUGGACAGAUCAUUAGGGCCCAACUUCUCUGUCCCACCCGCUUCAUUACAAUCCUUUAUCAGCCUAUCAGUUGUCCUCUUCAUUCCCAUCUACGACCGUAUUUUAGUUCCCAUAGCAAGAACAUUAACCGGAAAACCAGCUGGAAUAACCAUGCUCCAAAGAAUUGGAAUGGGGAUGUUAAUUUCCAUCGUGUCUAUGGUAAUUGCGGCUAUAGUAGAGAAGAAACGCCUCAACACUGCAUUUGAACACGGGCUGAUUGAUUUGCCUGAUACGACAGUCCCAAUGAGUGUAUGGUGGUUAGUCCCUCAGUACGUGCUAUUCGGUGUAUCAGAUGUGUUCACUAUGGUCGGUUUGCAAGAAUUUUUCUAUGACCAAGUUCCAACAGAACUAAGAAGUGUGGGUCUGUCGCUUUAUUUAAGCGUAUUCGGUUUAGGGAGCCUUCUAAGCAGUUUGAUGGUUUCCGUCAUUGACAAAUCAACCGGAAGCAACGGUCAAGACAGUUGGUUCUCGAACAAUCUUAAUCGAGCUCAUCUCGAUUACUUCUAUUCCCUACUUGCUGGUCUUAGUGUCAUAGGACUCAUUCUUUUUGUGUAUUGCUCCAAGUCUUACAUUUAUAAUAGGAAAAAUGCUAUAUAAAUUCAUAGGAGCAUGCUCUUUUAUUGUAUGUAAUGUAAGGGUCUCGCCCUCUAAACCUUAGCCAUUGUUUUGAUGAUGUGACGCCUAUAGAAGAAAUGGGCGAUAAAAAUAUAUUGUUUCUUGUUUAUAUUGUAUGAACUCUCAAGUGUAAUAAAUUGUAGAGUAAUAUGAAAGUAUAUAUAUAUAAGAGUGGGUUAAGUUCCAGUGAGAACCAAAUUUAUAUGAGAAACGUGAAAACUCAUUUGCCUGAUA